GGGGGGGAUGGGGGGGAUGGGGGGUCCAGGUGUGCCCAGGUGUGCCAAGGUGUGUGCCCAGGUGUGUGCCAGGUGUGUCCUGGGUGUGUCCCCAGAUGUGUCCAGAUGUGUCUCACCUGUCCCAGGUGUGUCCCCAGAUGUUCCAGGUGUGUCCCCCCCUGUCCCAGGUGUGCCAGGCAUGUCCCAGGUGUGCCCAGGUGUGCCCAGGUGUGUGCCAGGUCUGUCCCCACCUGUCUAAGGUGUGUCCAGAUGUGUCCCCACUUGUCCCAGGUGUGUGCCAGGUGUGCCCAGGUGUGGCCCAGGUGUGUGCCAGGUGUGCCCAGGUGUGUCCAGGUAUGGCCCAGGUGUGCCCAGGUGUGUGCCCAGGUGUGUCCUGGGUGUGGCCCAGGUGUGUCCCCACCUGUCCCAGAUGUGCCCUGGGUGUGUUUGGGUGUGCCCAGGUGUGUCCCCCUUGUCCCAGGUGUGUCCCAGUUGUAUCCAGGUGUGUCCUGGGUGUGUCCUCACCUGUCCCAGGUGUGUCCCCAGAUGUUCCAGAUGUGUCUCACCUGUCCCAGGUGUGUCCUCACCUGUCCCAAAUAUGUCCCAGGUGUGUCCCCAGAUGUUCCAGGUGUGUCCCAGUUGUAUCCAGGUGUGUGCCAGGUGUGCCCAGGUGUGCUUGGGUGUGUCCAGGUGUGUCCCCCACCUGUCCCAGAUGUGUCCAGGAAUGUCCCAGGCAUGUCCAACCCCCCCCAGGUGUGUCCCAGGUGUGUCCCCAGAUGUUCCAGGUGUGUCCCCACCUGUCCCAGAUGUGUCCCACGUGUGUCCCACAUGUGUCCCCAGAUGUUCCAGGUGUAUCCAGGUUUAUCUCAGGUGUAUCCCAGGUGUAUCCAGGUGUAUCCCAGGUGUGAUUUACCUGUCUCAGGUGUGAUUUACCUGUCCCCACAGAUCACCAAGGUGAAGUCCGUGGACAAGAUCCACAUCGGGCACUUCGAGAUCGACGCCUGGGGGGGGUUGGGGUAUCUCAGGUGUAUCCAGGUUUAUCUCAGGUGUAUCCAGGUUUAUCUCAGGUGUAUCCAGGUUUAUCUCAGGUGUAUCCAGGUGUGUCCCAGGUGUGAUUUACCUGUCUCAGGUGUGAUUUACCUGUCUGUGCAGAUCACCAAGGUGAAGUACGUGGACAAGAUCCACAUCGGGCACUUCGAGAUCGACGCCUGGGGGGGGUUGGGGUAUCUCAGGUGUAUCCAGGUUUAUCUCAGGUGUGAUUUACCUGUCUCAGGUGUAUCCAGGUGUGUCUCAGGUGUGAUGUACCUGUCCCCACAGAUCACCAAGGUGAAGUACGUGGACAAGAUCCACAUCGGGCACUUCGAGAUCGACACCUGGGGGGGGUUGGGGUAUCUCAGGUGUAUCCAGGUUUAUCCCAGGUGUAUCCAGGUUUAUCUCAGGUGUAUCCAGGUGUGUCCCAGGUGUGAUUUACCUGUCUCAGGUGUGAUGUACCUGCCGUUUCAGAUCACCAAGGUGAAGUCCGUGGACAAGAUCCACAUCGGGCACUUCGAGAUCGACGCCUGGGGGGGGUUGGGGUUGGUUUGGGUUAUCCAGGUUUAUCUCAGGUGUAUCCCAGGUGUGAUUUACCUGUCCCAGGUGUGUCUCAGGUGUGAUUUACCUGUCUCAGGUGUGAUUUACCUGUCCCCACAGAUCACCAAGGUGAAGUACGUGGACAAGAUCCACAUCGGGCACUUCGAGAUCGACGCCUGGGGGGGGUUGGGGGCAGUUUGGUGUAUCCAGGUUUAUCUCAGGUGUAUCCAGGUGUGUCUCAGGUGUGAUUUACCUGUCUCAGGUGUGAUUUACCUGUCUCAGGUGUGAUUUACCUGUCUGUGCAGAUCACCAAGGUGAAGUCCGUGGACAAGAUCCACAUCGGGCACUUCGAGAUCGACGCCUGGGGGAGGGGUUGGGGUAUCUCAGGUGUAUCCAGGUUUAUCUCAGGUUUAUCUCAGGUGUAUCC